AUGAGGAUUACUGAUAGUCGCCCUGUCAAGGUGGAAGCUCCAACGGUGAAGAGCCGCGCAUUCCAACUGACUAACGAGGAGGCUCGAGCAGCGCCAGACGUUGUGGCUGGGACCUUUUUGGUCAAUGUUAUGUCAGCACAUGUUUUGUUUGAUUCAGGUGCUACCCGAUCUUUCGUGUCCCUUGCGCUUAGCCAGAAAUUCCGAAACGCGCCAGGGACUCUAGAUACCCCGUUUGAAGUGGAGAUUGCAGAUGAUCGCACUGUUAGUGCUGCGAGGGUAUAUCGGGACUGUGUCUUGAAUGUGCAUGGCAAGAGGUUUCGCAUCAAUUUAGUUCCCAUACCGUUGCAAGGAUUGAAGGUAAUCGUUAGGAUGGACUGGCUGGGGGCCAACGGAGCCAUGAUUGAUUGUGAGCAGUAG